AUGAAGAGCACCGAACCAGUUAGGGUUGCCGUCAACAUACGGCCCUUGCUUACGUCGGAGGGAUGCACCGAUUGCAUCACCGUCACACCUGAUGAGCCACAGGUUCACAUAGGAUCUCAUACUUUUACGUAUGAUCUAGUAUUUGGAAACGGUGGCUUACCUUUUUCACAGAUCUACCACCGAUGUGUUGCUCCUCUUGUGGAAGAUCUCUUCAGAGGGUACAAUGCAACGAUUCUUGCUUACGGACAGACUGCUUCAGGUAAAUCAUACACCAUGGGCACUAACUGUGGAGCAGAUGGUGGUGGCAUUAUACCAACAGUGAUGGAAGAUGUAUUUACUAGAGUGGAGGCAGUCAAAUCUCAGAUACGAAUAUCUUUCCUUGAGAUUUAUAAUGAAGAGAUUUACGAUUUGCUUGCUGCCUCAAAACCGUCGAGAGCUCCAAUUAGAAUCAGAGAAACUAAUAGUGGAGAGAUAACUUUGCAAGGCGUAACUGAGGUACAAGUGAAGACUAAAGAGGAGAUGAGCUCGUAUCUAGCACGAGGCUCUUCCACUCGUGCUACUGGCAUCACAAACAUGAAUAUACAAUCAAGCCGUUCACAUGCUAUCUUCACAAUAUCUGUGAAAAUCACAACAGCUGAAGAAACAUUGUGUGCAAAGCUUCGUCUAGUUGACUUAGCAGGGUCAGAGCGUGCCAACCGAACAGGAGCUGACGGGAUACGAUUAAAAGAAGGCCGCCACAUCAACAGUAGUCUUCUAGCGCUUGGGAAUGUGAUCAAGAUACUAGGAGGAAAUGAGAGAAAGAAAAAGAAAGGAGUAUGUCACAUUCCUUACCGUGUUAGCAAGUUAACUCGCUUGCUUCAGGAUUCUCUUGGAGGCAAUAGCAAAACCGUGAUGAUUGCUUGUGUAAGUCCAGCUAUUACAGAUGUUGAAGAGACACUGAGUACGCUGAGAUAUGCAAAUUAUGCUCGCAACAUUAAGAAUAAAGCAGUGGUACAGAAGCAGAAGCCGUCUACACCAUGCUUUGAUGCUAUGGUGAAGGAGCUCACACCAUCAAAUUCGGAUGCAAAGAACAAAACAGUGGUACAGAAGCAUACGCCAUCCUCUGAUUAUUAUGCUAUGGUCAAGGAGCUCACACCAUAACCAUCA